GUAGCGCAGAUCCAAAAUUAAGAACCCUGAAGUGUUUUACUGAAGUGAGGAAAAAUGAAAGGAACGAGAGGUAACGCACAGCGCCUCCGUUUAUGAGGCAGGGCUGUGGGGUUGUGUUUUUCUCCAUUAUAUAAGUGAAGACAGGCUUUCGGUGGUCUUAUAAACCGCUGCUCCAUCACAGCAUCGGCUGUCAGUCUAUGUUCUCACAGCUAGCUAGCUGCCAGCAGCCGCCUACUGUAACAUCUCUACUGGAAGAAAAAAACCUCCAAAUUCGUAUUUCUUUAACGUCUCCAAGGCACAAUUGGCCUUGAGGUUGUGGUCUGAUGGAGGAGUGCUUGUCUCGUUUUGUGAAGAGCCACCAUGUUGCCGUGUCAUGUAACUCCUUGGCACUCUGCUGAGUCUUCGGCAUCCUGCGGCAGUCAUGCGCCAUCGCUGCAACAACCUCUCCCUGAUCUACUGUGCAGCUGUCCCACUCCACCUUUAAACACCCACUCUGAGACACCAUCCCCAGACCCCAUGGAGUCCCUCAUUGUUGUCACAGAGUAUGAAACAAGUCAACCACCUGGAGAGGAAGAGGUGGAAGAAAUGGACAGCUCUGAGAUGCCUGAGCAAGCUUCCUCAACAGGAGCACCUUUUGGGACUCCUUCCUGUGACCUGUUGUCCCAUACCGUGUGUCUGCCGGAGGUUCUUCUUCCUGAAAGCCAAGAGCAAAGGAGCAGAUUAAGCAUGUCUGACCGGAAACUCUCUCUCCAGGAGCGAUCUCAUACCGCUCCCUCACCCUGCAGCUCGCCUGGACUAAACGGGCGAUAUAUUUACCCAUCCUUACCCUACUCUCCCAUCACAUCUCCCCACUCCUCUCCACGCCUGCCUCGCCGACCCACUGUGGAGUCCCACAGCGUUUCCAUCACAGAUCUCCAGGACUGCGUUCAGCUCAACCAGUACAAACUGAAGGAUGAGAUUGGAAAGGGCUCCUAUGGUGUUGUUAAGCUGGCUUACAAUGAGGAUGACAACAUGUACUAUGCGAUGAAGCUGUUGUCCAAGAAGAGGCUGUUGAGGCAGGCAGGUUUUCCACGGAGACCACCUCCUCGUGGAACUAGAGCAGCACCUGAGGGGCCUGCUCAGCACAAAGGCCCCCUGGAACGAGUUUAUCAAGAGAUAGCCAUUCUAAAAAAACUAGACCAUCCUAAUGUGGUGAAACUAGUAGAGGUUUUGGAUGACCCCAGCGAGGACCAUCUGUACAUGGUGUUUGAACUGGUGAAGCAAGGGGCUGUGAUGGAGGUGCCCACUGAUAAACCGUUCAGUGAAGACCAGGCCCGUUUUUACUUCAGGGAUCUGGUCAGAGGAAUCGAAUACUUGCAUUACCAGAGGAUCAUCCACAGAGACAUCAAACCUUCUAACCUGUUGGUGGGAGAAGAUGGACACAUCAAAAUUGCAGACUUUGGAGUUAGUAACCAGUUUGAAGGAGCUGAUGCUCUUCUCACCAGCACCGUGGGAACACCUGCUUUCCUUGCUCCUGAAACACUUUCUGAGACCAGAAAAAAUUUCUCUGGGAAGGCAUUGGAUGUUUGGGCUAUGGGUGUGACGCUUUACUGCUUCGUCUUUGGCGUGUGUCCUUUUAUGGAUGAGCGCAUUCUAAGUUUACAUCAAAAAAUCAAAACCCAGCCGGUGGUGAUUCCAGAUCGUGCAGACAUAUCAGAUGACCUCAAAGAUUUGUUGUUGAAAAUGUUGGACAAGAAUCCAGAAACCAGGAUAUCAGUGGCACAGAUAAAGGCACAUCCAUGGGUGACAAAGCACGGUGCCGAGCCUCUUCCUCCUGAGGAUGACAACUGUUCACUGAUUGAGGUCACGGAGGAGGAAGUGGAGAACUCUGUUAAGCACAUCCCAAGCCUCACUACAGUGAUACUGGUCAGAACCAUGCUGAGGAAGCGCUCAUUCGGGAAUCCCUUCGACUUGAGCCGGAAGGAGGACCGCAGCAGUUUAUGUGCUCCGCGAAGAACAUUCACGAAACAAGAGAGCGCUGACGGUGUGAAAAGCAUGGACCUGCCCUACGUAGGAGAAGACGAGGCUCUUUCCUGAUACAGACAGCUUUUUAUGCACACUAAUAUCUUCCUGCCUGUAACUGCACAACACGACACCCCUUUAUUCUUUUAAACCGCCGUCAACACUUAUGGACAUGAACGUUUAUGUUUCAUGGGGAAAAAAGGGACUAAAUUGAUGAAUUCAAGCACUUUGGUGAUGAUUUUGUGACUGAUUACCCGUUCUCUUCUUGUACAGCAUAGUUUUGGGGUUGUGGGCUUUGUGACUUCAUAUGUGAACCUUCCAGGGGGUUAACCCCCAUAAACCUUGAUUUAUCAUUCCUUUUUCACUCAAAUUACACUUCCUGUCCUGCAUGCAUAUAUAUUCUCAGCAUGCCUCGUCUCAGGCUUCAACGGUUCAGCUUCAGGUUUUCAACAUGGUUUAACCUCCGGUUUCCCUCCACGUUUAUACUUGACAAGACUUUCAGGUCCUCUUGGCUGAUGAAGAUAAAGGGAAAGGGUUUUUUUCUCACCAUCACAGCUGACCAUCUCUUUGGCAGAGAACGCCUCCUGACAAAGAUUGUCCAAGUUCCAACUGUGUUAGAGUGGCAUUGUUUGUUACAUAUUUAAAAGAUUGUACAGUUUACAAAAAAAAAAGGAAAAAGGGAAGUGGAAACAUGUUUACUUCAUUGAAUGCAUGCAUUUAUAUA